AUGUCGUCGGUGCGUGCAUUAAUUCUUGGCUCGGGUGGCCGCGAGCAUGCGCUUGCGGUGCAUCUCUUGCGCUCGAAGAGCGUCGAGCAUGUAUAUUGUGCGCCAGGUAACGGCGGUACAAGCGUCCUGGGCGACAGAUGUUCGAAUGUUGCGUCGCCCGCCGCUUCGGGCGACUUCUCCGCGAUUGUGCAAUGGGCAAAAGAACACAAUGUGAAUCUGUGUAUUCCAGGUCCCGAGGCACCGCUUGUUGCAGGCGUGCAAAACGCGUUCCAACAAGUCGGCAUUCCCGUCUUCGGCCCCUCUCGCGCUGCGGCCCAGAUGGAAGGUUCCAAAGAGUUUGCCAAAGAGUUUAUGAACCGCCACAAUAUUCCUACGGCGCAGUUCCGCAUUUUUACGCGUAAUGAGGUGGACGUAUGCAUGGACUACAUCAAAUCGCUUGGUGCCAAGCGUGUCGUACUCAAGGCUAGUGGCCUCGCUGGCGGCAAGGGUGUCUUGCUCCCAGAAACUGACGAGGAGGCUGCUGAAGGCGUGAAUGACCUGCUUGUCAAACAAGUGUUCGGAGCAGAUGCAUGCGACACGCUCGUCGUUGAGGAACGGCUCGACGGCGCGGAGCUUUCUGUGCUUGCCUUCUCCGAUGGAUACACGGUGCGUGCGCUGCCUGGAUGCCAGGACCAUAAGCGUAUAGGAGAGGGUGACACUGGUCUGAAUACGGGCGGCAUGGGUGCGUACUGUCCCACCCCCUACGACACGCCGAAGAUGAUGGCGCAAAUCCAAGCGCGCGUGCUCGAACCGACGAUCAAGGGUAUGCGCCAGGAUGGAUAUCCUUUUGUUGGCAUGCUGUUUGUUGGUCUGAUGAUCACGUCCGAAGGACCCAAAGUGCUCGAGUACAAUGUCCGGUUCGGUGAUCCCGAAACCGAGGCUGUUCUGGACCUGCUCAACCCGACGGGUUGCCUCGUCGACAUCAUGAUGGGGUGUGUAAAGCACCGCUUGGACUGUAUCGAGUUCUCAACUCUGCCUGACUAUGCAGUUAGUGUCGUGCUGGCCAGCGGUGGCUACCCUGGCAAGUACGAGACGGGCAAACCAAUCAAGAUUGGCCCGAUGCCGCAAAGUGUCACGGUGUAUCACGCAGGCACCAAAACCGCUGAUGGCGAGCUGCUUACGGCCGGCGGACGUGUCCUUGUCGUUUCUGCCGUUGGGAAAACACUCCAGGAUGCACUGGACAAAGCGUACGCGGGCAUCCAGCAGAUCCACUUUGACGGUAUGUGUUACCGCAAGGAUAUUGCGCAUCGCGCCCUCGCCUCAACAAAUAAAAAGAACGAUGGCUUUACGUACGCCCAAGCAGGCGUCAGUAUCGAGGCUGGAAACUCGCUUGUAGAGCGCAUUAAGCCGCUUGUGCGCAGCACGCAGCGGCCUGGCUGUAUUGGCGGUCUUGGCGGUUUUGGCGCCGCAUUCGAUAUGCGCUACGCGGGCGCGUCGGACCCAAUCCUGAUCAGUGGCACGGAUGGUGUGGGCACCAAGCUCCGCAUUGCGCACGAAUACAAUAAGCACGACACGAUCGGCAUUGACCUCGUCGCAAUGUCGGUCAACGAUUUGCUCGUGCAGGCCGCACAGCCCCUCUUCUUUUUGGACUAUUUUGCUUGCUCGAACCUGGACGUAAACAUGACCACUUCGGUGAUUGAAGGCAUUUCGGAAGGAUGUUACCAAGCAGAGUGUGCCUUGGUCGGCGGCGAAACGGCCGAGAUGCCAGGCAUGUAUAGUGGCAGCGAGUACGACUUGGCUGGGUUUGCCGUGGGUGCGGUUGGCCGCAAUGAGCUGCUUCCGCGCAAAUCUAACAUGAGCGCUGGCGACAAGCUGCUUGGACUGCGCAGCAGUGGGCCGCAUUCCAAUGGUUAUUCGCUUUUGCGCAAGUGUGUGGAGCACUCUGGUCUCGCAUACAGCUCGCCGUGCCCAUGGGGCAAGCCAGACGAAGUCGUAAAUGGGUACAAGACACCUAAAACUCUUGGUGACGCUUUACUUGUGCCGACCACGAUAUACGUCAAGCCUUUGCACUACGUGUUGCACAAUAAAAUGCACAACGUGAAUGGCCUCGCGCACAUUACUGGUGGUGGAUUUACUGAGAAUGUGCCGCGUAUGCUCCCCGACCAUCUGGGAGCGCGUAUUGAUUUGCGUACGUGGGAGCGCCAGCCGAUCUUUCGCUGGGCGCAAAAGGUUGGUGGGAUUGCGCCGGAAGAAAUGGCGCGUACGUUCAACAAUGGUAUCGGAAUGGUGUUGUGUGUCCCGGCAGACCGUGCGGACGAAGUGGUAGACGAGCUGAAUGCCUACGGCGAAAGUCUCAUUGUCAUCGGCGAGGUCACCAGUAGUCCUGGCGUCCAGUACGACGGCCUCGAUACGUGGGCUCUCUGA